ACAGUCGCCGAUUUCUGCAUACCAGCGACCAGCGGUCCUCUAUUGGUCCUGUCCUCACUUUGUGGUGAACAGGCAGGUAUCGCAUGUACUUGCUGCAAGUUUACUCAGUACCGGUCUACUCGUUACACGCCCAACAUUCCAAACAACCCAGUGAACCCACCGGGGCGCCCCGCCAGCCGCUACAGCCGCCUACCCACACAUAGACUCACUGCCCCCGGCGGUACAGGAACUUCCGGCUUUCGAUCAGCCACGCGCUCAUGCACUGCCGUUGCAAUUUGUCUGCCAUGUGCUGGGGUCUGGGAGUCAGCCUUUCCCGUCCACGCACAUCUCUCGACCCUACCUCGUAGCCCCAUGCCCCCACGCCACCGCCUCGCAGGGUGCGCGCGGCGCUGGACCUACCACAACGCGAACACUAUCAUCGCCUGCCCCGCCCUGCUGGGCCAGCUGCAGCCGGCGGUGAUACGGCUGGUGGCGGCUCUGCAUCGCGGCAGCCACAGCAUGUGUCUCAUGGCUGAGGGCCUGGAGCCUCUGGAUCCAGACGCGGCGGCAACGUCGGCGUCGGGUGUGGAUGUGGCGCCGCUGACGCCGCUGGAUCACGGCUCUGCGUUCACGGGGCCGGGAUCGCCAUUGGUGGGCGCGGCAAGGAACGGGGCGGGCUCGCCGCUAGGAAUGGGAGGAGCAGGGGGUUGAAGAAGUCGAUGGGUGGAGGUUCCCAGCGAAACAUCCCGCAAUUCCGCAAACCGGUAGAAAGAAGGCGAUGAGCUCUUCGGCCUUGCGCGUGUGGGCGGUGCUGACGGUAGCCGCCUUCGAAAUUGCCACCCAGGCUCAAACACACGCACGCACGUUCUAACUAGCAAUACAGACUAGGCACACGUUGAAUACCCACAUAGAAGACAUCAAGGGAGCCCGGGCGCCGAGGAGGAGACCAGCGCCAGGGCGGGACAUUCGCAUGUGCAAGAAGGGGAAAUAAAGCAAACGGUGUGAGCGGAAAGGCGCGUGAGCGAAAAAGGCAACAGUAUUCUAUGUGCAUGAGCCUGGGUGGCAAGAGAGAGGGGGAAACAGGCAGCGGGCAAUUAAAUAGAGGCAAGCACGCAUCGGCAUGGGGCCACACGAGGGCCAGGGGCACAGGGACAGGGGGAGGGGGGUGGUUAGGGGAGGGGGGGAUGAAGAGAGCCCAAGGAUUGCGGCGGCGAGCGGGGGAACGGGAGAUGAGGAUGCGACCGGUGGCGUUGGUGUGGCUGACACGCGGGUCAGCGACAGCGUUGCGGCGAGCAGCAGCAGGCGCGGCAGCGGGAGCUGCGCGGCUGCGCCCGUGCCUGCCGCUGCGGGCAUCUCGGACAGCGGCGGCGUUCUGGGCAGGUGACGACAUUAAUAUGGCUUUACAAACAAAGUGGCAGCCAAUCAAGGUGGCAGCAGGCAGUUGGUCGCUGCAAUGUGGGCAUGGCUCGCAGUUUAUUCCUUCAUAUUGCUCGUUACGGUACUUGCUGCUCGGAUGGUGUUAAUGGUGGUGCGUUGCAACUGCUGGCGUCAGUGGUCUGCUGUAGGCCUAAUCACACUGGAUUGGUGCGUGGUAGGCACUGAAGCUAGAAAUGGAAACAGAAAUAGA